CAGUUGCUCUGUCUAAAUCUAGUUGCCCUGUCUAAAUCUCUAAAUCUCAUCAAGUUUAUCUUAUCAGCCCGUAGCUUGAAUUAACAACCCAUCAUCCGAUCUCUUUUAUUACGUUGUUCCAAUAAAGAGAACCCGGUUUCUGAAUCAGCACAGUUGUCUUCUUUUCCAGAACUGAUAAUUCUGGAUUUUUCAGAGGGCGCAGAAAGAAACACAGGCGUAUUGGAAAUUGAAAGGUAUAGGAAUAAUACAGACAAAGCAGCGGCUGCCAGAUGUUGGACAGGAGUAUGGGGGAAAACUUUGAAUUCUUGUGAAGUGAAAUCAAACUGGGCCUACGGCAAUCUGGGCAACGAGUACAUCUACCGCUUAUAUCUAACAUCCUUAUCCUCUCCGCGCUCCUCUCCAGCUUUAGAUUUCUUCACAUACGCAGACUCACAUAAUUUCUUUCUUUUCUUUUCUUUCUUGUUUUGUGGGAUUUAUUGUCCCUCCUGUUUCUUUCUCUCUUCUGCUGCGAAAGCAAAACCCACCAGUUAUAAUAAUAAUAAUUGAGUAUAAUAGUGUUUCUUUAAUUUUCUUUAUUGCUAUAUAUUUAGUUUUCUUAUCCUUUCAUUCUUCUCUUCUUUAUUCUCUCCCCUCGCUGCGUUUGGUAGUGUUGGGGGUUUAUCGUCUCCUUUUCUCUUUGAACCCUCGGGUCAUCGCUGUGCUUUAAGGCUAAAUCUUUAUCCGAUUGAAUCGAGGGUUUUAAUUGGUUUUCUUGAUUUUUGUUUUUUCUUUCUCUUAUCUUCCGUUUUUGGGGUGUGACGGCUUGUAGUUAUGGCUUUGGGUUCCGCUUUUCUUGAGAUUUUACAAAGACCCACAAUUUGGGACGUGUUGUUUGAGCUAAUGGUGUUCAUGGCUCCCAUCUGGAUAGCUGUUGUUGUUGGCGUUUUGGUGGGCUGGGCAUGGAAACCUAAAUGGGCUAAUCUGAAUGUUGAGUUUCUUGAUUCUACGGCAAAGGGAGGCGAGUCAAACAACAAAUCAAGAAUGGUUCUCCCACAGUUCUCUGCCUCCAUGCCAAGCCUGAGCUCGUUGAAACUGCAAGUUCCCACGUGCAUUUCUUGGAUUUCUGACGGGUUUGAGAAGGAUAAUUCAUCCUUGCCUUCAAUUUCAAGCCCUGAUUACAGCUCUUCGAAGUCGGAGAACGAGAAAUCAAGUCUUGUGAAUGAGGAUGAUCUCAGACAUUUGCAUAGAUUAGUUGAAGAAAAAGAUGGAGGCCCUGCUUGGAUCCAGAUGAUGGAUAGGUCUAUACCCAAUAUGAGCUAUCAAGCUUGGAGAAGAGACCCUGAGACCGGACCGCCACAAUAUCGCAGUAGGACUGUUUAUGAAGAUGCCAAUCCUGAAAUGCUGAGGGAUUUCUUUUGGGAUGAUGAAUUUAGAUUAAAAUGGGAUGAUAUGCUUAUACACGCAGAGACUUUGGAUGACUGCUCCACCACUGGGACAAUGGUGGUUCAUUGGGUACGAAAGUUUCCCUUCUUUUGUAGUGACAGAGAAUACAUCAUAGGCCGUCGAAUUUGGGCGUCUGGACGAACAUAUUAUUGUGUAACAAAGGGUGUGCCUUGCUCCUCUGUGCCACGCCGCAACAAACCAAGACGGGUUGAUUUGUACUAUUCUAGUUGGUGCAUACGACCAGCUGAGUCAAAGAGAGACAGACGAUUGACCGCUUGCGAGGUGCUGCUCUUCCACCACGAAGACAUGGGUAUUCCUUGGGAAAUCGCAAAACUUGGUGUGCGGCAAGGCAUGUGGGGUGCUGUCAAGAAGAUUGACCCUGGCUUGCGUUCCUAUCAGAAGCACCGAGCUUCAGGAUCACCGCUUUCCCACUGUGGUUUCAUGGCUCAAAUUAACACUAAAGUCAGCCCUGAGUUGCUGGAAUCACAGGAGAGUACAAGCAGUGCAUCAGAAGUAGAGCCUAUAGGAUCAGCAGAUAAGCCAUCAGGAAGAGGCAUACCGAAGAUGCUGGUUGUCGGUGGGGCUAUUGCCCUUGCAUGCACUAUCGAUCGAGGGCUCUUGACAAAGGCCGUUAUAUUUGGAGUUGCGCGAAGGUUUGCAAACAUGGGAAGGAGGUUGUGAUCCAAGGACCCUUGCACUUUGCAGAAUGGAUGUCGGCAUCGCCAGGUUCCCUUGCCCCGGCAAGCCAAAAAUCACGCUGCCGGUUGAUCCGUUUCUCUUCCAAAGGUGGUAGUUUGUGGUCUUAGUCUUUCAUUGAGGCAUAGUUUGGACAAAGGUCAGGAAGAGAUAAAAGAUGGUACAGUUGCAGCAUUGUUGAAGAUAAAAUAAGUGAGAUUCCAUUCUGUUCUCACCUGAUCAUCCUUGCCAUCAUUAAUGGUUCAUUUGCUUCUAAGGUGUUCAUUUCACUGAUUGUGAUAUAGAUGAAAAUAGAGGACUCCUUUGUUUAA